AUGAAGACCACCGCCGCUCUUUCUCUCGUUUCCCUCCUUCCCCUCCUUGACGGCGCGCUGGCGCAUCCCGUCAAGAACAACAAUGGCAUCUGCAAGUUCGAGCAGCGCAACGUGCUCUCUCGCAGCGUCCAGCCCAUGGUGAAGCGCCAGAACGAUUCCACCUGGAACCCGCCCUCGGAGCUCGUCACUCCCCUGAACGAGGUCUGGGAACACGAGGUCAGCACCUACAGCGAUGCCCUGGGCUUCAAGAACUAUGGCUACGACCAGGUCAUCGAUGGCAAGGGCAAGAUCAACUACUGCGUGCGUUGGGACUCGUCGCAGAAGGUGACGGCGACCCAGAGGCAGCAGAUUGAAGCCGCGGCCAAGAAGUCGUUCUCGAAGUGGAUCGACGCACUUGCUGGCUUCGACGGCUGGCCAUACGACACUGUCGAAGUGUCGGUCGUCGGCUGGGCCGUCAAGGACAAGUCCCUGCUUGAGGACGCGUCCGGUGUCGAGGUCUACACCACCACCGACGCCGACGGCAUUCCCCAGUGCGACGAGGGCUGCGGCCGCUUCUUCCACCAGGACAACGACUACAGCCAGUGCGCCGCCGGUGCUGACAAGCACUACGACAUGUCUCUCUGGCUCACCGAGGGCAUGCAGGGCGGUGCCGGUGGCGACUGGGGCCAGCGCAUCGGCUCCGAGUACUUCCUGCAGACGAUGAACGACGAGAACGUCCACAUCCUGCUGCACGAGAUCGGCCACACCUUCGCCCUCGACGACUUCUACGACUGGACCCCCACCGGCGUCUCCAACUUCAUCAUGCUGGCUGGCAGCGCCAUGGAGAUCACCGAGUUCGACAAGUGGAUGGCCAGGGACUGGUGGAGGCACCUCAAGUCCAGGUACAGCCUCUAA